AUGAAUACACUACGCGGGACAAUAUGCCUCUGGCUCUGCUUGAUGUAUGCUCGUGUGGAAUGUUGGCCCAAAGUUCGUCUAAGUUCAAGACAGGAAAAGGACGAAGGAGCGGCAUCAGUCACAAUAUUAUAUCUGAUAGAUACCACCGUCAAUGCGACUGACGAAAAUGUAGAAACAUUUAUAGCAUACGUCAAUACACAGGCAGAACAGUUCCUAGAAAGUUUUUUUGACCUCAAGACCAUUCUUAACAACAGAACCAAAUAUGUCAAACACGAUCCUGGUCUUAAAAAGCUGAUGGAACAAAAUAAUAAUGGUGACUUUAUAUACACGGAUGGAACAAUUUAUAACCUAACGUCUUAUUAUUCGUCGAGGACCCGUCCUGACAUCAUAUGCCUUGUAACAGGCCGUCGAAUCAACAAUGGGGAUGAUGUAAAAAAGGGUUAUGGAUAUUCCACACACAAGACAUUGUGCGAGACUGCCGUAACCAUGCUCUUAGCCUACAAUCUAGAGCAUCAUAACGACAUCAGCAAGAUGUUGGCCGAAAUGGUCAGAGACAGUGUAGACCCAAAGAAAGUGCCAUAUGUGCACCAGCAAUUCGACAAUUUGACAGACUCGAUGAAGAAUUACUUAAGCCAGUGCAACGGAUCUUUCGAACAGGAGAUGCCUCCUGACGUCCCACCUAAACCUACACCCGAAGCGCCAGGAACUCCGGGAACGCCGCUGCCCCCUGGACCUCCACCACCACCGUCCCCACCGGGACCUCCGCAACCACCACCCGAGGCGACCACGACGGCCGAACCAGAACUACCGAAACCAAAUCCACCACAGCCACCAGUGCCACCAGAAACACCAGAGGCGCCAUCCAGUACAGAAGGGCCAACUUCCACAACUACCCUGAACCCGGACUAUUGCUAA